CGGCAGACAGCUCCUUGUCUUGCCGCUGCCUUCUGCCCUGCGGAAAAGAGAGAAGGCAAGACAACCGAAGAGGAAGGAACGCCUUCGACAGGCGCGAGGAAAGCCCAGUGUAGCCCUCCACCUGGCAGAGCGCGGGGCACACAGGCGAAGCCCGGCGCGGGUGCAGCCGCCAAGUUCCGAUUGCCCCCUUCGGUUGUUCCGAGCCGAGCUCCGCACAUUCCUCCGGAUCUGCCCCGCGAGGAGAAGGCGCGAGCCCGGCGGCGUCUCCACGCGCUCAGCGCUCUCCCUGAACCCCCGGGAGGGGCGCCUCGCGUCACCCACUCGCACCCCGCUCGCCGGCCUCCCAAGCUCCAGCGCCUCCGCGCUGCUCUCCUCUCCCUCCCCCACCGCCGGGCCAGCCGCAGCCUCCCGACCCCUCCCCGCCUUGGGCCCCGAGCCUCCCCUCCCCCACCCAGGCCCCCCGGCCCGGGCUCCCGACGACCAGCCUGCGCUCCUGGCGCCCUCAUGUCUUCAAGGGACUGCCCGCGCGGGUUGACGUGGUGUCUGAUUCGGAUCUCCAGGCAAGACCUCAGCUCCCGCCGCAGCAUCAGACAGGCCCGUCUCAUACUCCCAGCCACUGCGCCCCGCCGAGGCGCAGAGUGCGCUGGCUGCCGCUGAGCCGCCCGCAGUGCCAGGGGCCGGUGCAGCCCCAACCAAGAGCGCCGCGCGCGCAGCGGUGUCACCCCUCACCCAAGGAAGGGGCGGCUGCUCAGACUUCGGCUUCUGGGGGUGCGGGAGACCUAAGGAGGAGGUGUCGGCGGCCCUCGCCCUUCUGGUGGCGGCGGCGGCUGGAACCUUGGCCGCCGCCUCCUGCGUUCCCUCGCUGCCCCGCGCGACCCCAGGAUUUCGAACUCUUGCCCCCGACCUGUUGGGCGGGGCUUCGCCCUCCUGCCCUCGGCCCGGAUGGAUGUCCUGGCUGGGACUCGGGCCACCUGGAGUUAAUGUCCACCUGGGGGUCUGCGGAGACCGGAUCCGAGGUGCAGCUGCCGGACGGGACUCUAAGAUGAAGUUAUGGGAUGUCGUGGCUGUCUGCCUGGUGCUGCUCCACACCGCGUCCGCCUUCCCGCUGCCCGCCGGUAAGAGGCCUCCCGAGGCGCCCGCCGAAGACCGCUCCCUUGGCCGCCGCCGCGCGCCCUUCGCGCUGAGCAGUGACUCAAAUAUGCCAGAGGACUAUCCUGAUCAGUUUGAUGAUGUCAUGGAUUUUAUCCAAGCCACCAUUAAAAGACUGAAAAGGUCACCAGAUAAACAAAUGGCAGUGCUUCCUAGACGGGAGCGGAAUCGACAGGCCACAGCUGCCAACCCCGAGAAUUCCAGAGGAAAAGGUCGGAGAGGCCAGAGGGGCAAAAAUCGGGGUUGUGUCUUAACCGCCAUACAUUUGAACGUCACUGACUUGGGUCUGGGCUAUGAAACCAAGGAGGAACUGAUUUUUCGGUACUGCAGUGGCUCAUGUGACGCAGCUGAGACAAUGUAUGACAAAAUACUCAAAAACUUAUCCAGAAACAGAAGGCUAGUGAGUGACAAGGCAGGGCAGGCGUGUUGCAGACCCAUCGCCUUUGAUGACGACCUGUCGUUUUUAGAUGAUAACCUGGUUUACCAUAUUCUAAGAAAGCAUUCCGCUAAAAGGUGUGGAUGUGUCUGACUCCGGCUCCAGAGACUGCUGUGUAUUGCAUUCCUGCUACAGUGCAAAGAAAGGGACCAAGGUUCCCAGGAAAUGUUUGCCCAGAGCGGAAGAUUGAGGACCAAGGAGGCGGAGGCGGAGGAGAGAGUGGAGGAGAAAGUGGAGGAGGAGGAAGGCAGCCAUCCAUCGUGGGAGCCUGGUAGAGGGAGGUCCAGCUACAGAAAACUGGAUAGGAGAGAGAAAACAGCCGCCUGGGUUCUCCAGACGCUCAGGGCUGGUGUCCCCGGUGGGCUGUUGUCAUCGCAUCAUCUGAUACAAUCCACCAUCACCCAUCAUGGUGGCAGUUGCGGAUGCACUCGAAGAACCAAACCAGUGUGUCUCCUGUGGUUUGUCUUCACAUGUCUGAAGACACCAGGGAAAUGAUACUCCUGGUGUCACUCCUUGUCAUUACAUUUUACUGCUGAAAGUAAGGAAGGUUUAUUUUUCUGUCACUCAAUGGAGUCAUACCCUGGAGAGUGGGGGAAAAAAAACAGAGACGCAAAAGAUCCUACAUAACCUUUGAAUUUGAAAGCUGAGGCCUGAGGUUUACUCCGACCAGCGUUUGGGGGAACAGCUGGCAAUUGAUUGUGAACAUGGUAUGUGGGGUGGGAAGAAGUUGGCUAGGAACCAAAAAGGCUGUCCUCGUGAUUAAAAACAAACCUGAAGGUCUUUCCUUCGUGUCCUCGGAAACAGGAAGCGAGUUGUGGUUUUCGGUAGCAUCUUGUAGGAGAGCAAGUGGGGGAGGCCCCCAGCUGCCCCUGGACAGGGAGACACCCCCCAUCGGGGCCUGUCAGUUUACAGAGAGACGGUUGUUACAUACCCAGCUCCGUUUAUGCGUGGUCACCCGUGACCAGAGAAGCUACUCGAUGCAAUGCAUCUGUUUCAGAUACAGAAAUAUAGAGAAGAUAUUUAUUGAGAUUUAAGUUAUUGUUAUUUAUUAUGGUUCACUAAUGAGUUUCUCUUUUUUUCCCUUAUUUAUUAAAGUUUCUUUUCAAAGGUGCCAAAGUAUAUGUGCUUGCAAAAUGCAAAGAGGGGUGACAAAAGGAAAUUUCAAUUGGG